UCCGCCGGGGAGCUGGGAUCCCGGGCUGGUUGGUGUGUGGCCCGGAGCGGCCCUGCUUGGUGACAGUGAGACUCCUUCUGUCGCUCUGUCGUCGGGCUGUCGCGAGAUUAAAAGCUGUCAGGUUCUAAGCCCUGCAGUGCAGAGGAUGCAGGUCUGCCCCGGGUGGGCCCCGCCGGCCUUGCCAGCUGCCGGGUGCCCUGCUGUCCCCGCAGGCUCUCUCGGCUCUGCCUUUCUGCUGCCCUUUGCUUUGUUGUCCUUCUGCCCCCCUUCCCCGUGCCUGCACCCUGUGUGCCAGCGUCUCGCACUGUGAGUUGCAGCUCUUGGGUGCUGGGCCGUUCUCCCCUGCCGUGAAUGAGCCAGCCCCCUGCCAGAUGGCACGUUGGAGCUGGCAGGGCUUGGAGCACCUCUGCUCCGUCCACUGCGACCAGAGAAUUGGGACAGUGAGGCCCAGAGAGGAAGAGCCUGACCCGGGGUGACAGCUAUUUAUGGCUGAUUCUGCGCCCGAGCCAGGUCUUCUGACUGCAGCUUGUCGAUACCCCUGGAUUCCAUCUCCUGCUGCUUGGGGCAUUGUGGGGAGUCUGGGGUCCACUUCCCCUCCUGUUCCCUCCACCCUGACUGGCCCAACCUGGGAGGCCGCUUCUCUGACCACUGGCGUGGGAAAGGAAAACCCAGAGUCCCAGUGUGCAGUUCACUUCAGUUCCCCUGCUGCUGUGGUGGUGGCGCUCAGAGGCCAGGUCUUGGGUGCAGAUGCCUGAGGACCUGGUUGCACUGCCCCUUCUGUUAAGGGGUACAGGUUGGGGGUGUGCCCGUGAACCAGGCACAAGAGAGCAGUGGGGGCAGGAUGGGAGGCCUGGUUCAGAGCCAGAGGGGCCUGGGUUCCUGCACUUCCUGCUGUUUACAGACAAGCCGCUGUCCUCCCUGCGCGAGGGGAAGGGGCGGGGCAGAGGGCAGGUGCCAAGGUGGCACGAGGCUGGACAUGUGCCUGGGAUCAGACAGUGUCUGAGGAGCAUCAGACACCUGGGGGUGUCACUGAGAGGACCCCUGGCCCCUCUAAAGCAUCUUGCUCUCUUCAAAGUCUGACCCCUGACCCCCAGGGCUAGAGGCUAGAGGCCAGGUACCCCAACCCCCGCCCUGGGCUGAAUCCCCCAUCAGUGAACCUUGGCUCUGCUUAUAGCCUCUGACGCCAGAGGGGCUGAAAAUAGCCCCUGGAGGAGGGGUGGGGGUUAUUUAAAGGGCCCAGGAGGAGCAGAGCCCUGUUGUGAGGAGUGACCAUGGCCGCUUUGGAGCUGAGCUGCCAGGUGUCGGAGGAGAACCAAGAGCGCAGAGAGGCCUUCUGGGCUGAAUGGAAGGAUCUGACGCUGUCCAGGCGGCCAGAGGAGGGCUGUUCCCUGCAUGAGGAGGACACCGAGCGGCAUGAGACCUACCACCAGCAGGGGCAGUGCCAGGCGCUGGUGCAGCACUCCCCCUGGUUGAUGAUGCGAAUGGGCAUCCUUGGCCGCGGGCUGCAGGAGUACCUGCUGCCCUACCAGCGGGUGCUGCCUCUCCCCAUCUUCACCCCCACCAAGGUGGGCGCCUCCAAGGAGGAACGCGAGGAGACCCCCAUCCAGCUGGAGCUAGUCCUGGGUGGCCAGUGUGCAGAGCGCCAGGACGUGGCUGAGAUCACCAAGCAGCUGCCUCCUGUGAUGCCUGUCAGCAAGCCUGGCGCCCUCCGUCGCUCCCUGUCCCGCUCCAUGUCCCAGGAAGCCCAGAGAGGCUAAGAGGGACCGUGACUUAGGCUGUCCCGUGCCCACCCUGGGCUGGGCCCUCCCCGGCUAGGACCACAGAAAAGAGCAGCCGGCCGUGGACGCUUUGUAGUUUACCCAGAACUGGGGGCUAGGGGCAGAGGGGGCCGGAGGCCAGGAUGCCUGGUUUCCCUGAGUCCCCAAAGGGAAGGGAGCAAAGACGGUGGCACUAGAGCGGGGGAGCUGAGGGCCUGCACAGCGGAGGACCUGCAACCCCGGGCGAAGGGACAGGAGGUGCUGGCGGGGGCAAGAGGAGUGACCCUGGUCCAAGUUUCAGCUUCAGAGAAGGGCGGGAAGUGUGAGGGGAUCUGGAAGCUCUGGGAGGGAGGCUUGGAGAGGGAGUGGGGGACGUGAAGAGGGCAGAGGCUGGGUGGGGCCCCUAGCACCCUCAGUUAGCGCUGCAAUAAAUGCUCAAUAAUACUCCAGGAUUUUGUCUCGUGAUUAUGGAGACCAGCUCACGGUGUCCCCGGUGCUCGCUUCUGGGAACAAUCCCUGCUUCUGAGCUAAAUAUGGCAGAGCUGGUGGUGGGU